AACAGCUAUACAAAAUCCGCAAUCGGGAAAAAGUUGCAGCAAGCACACCAUGCUAGACAUCAUCUUCGUCAUCGACGCCUCCGCCAGCAUCUGCGUUCACGUCUGGCACAAGCAGCUCAAAUUCUUCAGCCAGUUGGUCCGCCAGUUCUCGCUUGGUCAGCGGAGCACGAGGGUGGGCGCGAUGACGUACAGCGUAACUGCCUCGAAAGUGUUCGACCUCGAUGAUCAUUCCAAUGCUGAUGAUAUGGAAAAGGCCUUGCAGAAAGCCAAGUUAGGGCACGGACUUUCCAACUCACACAUGGCAUUAGAGAGGAUACUGAAGCAUGAUAUGUUCGGUACCAAAGCAGGGGGAAGGGCCGAUGCACAGGACUACGUUGUUUUCCUUACCGAUGGACAUUCUACACAACACGAGAAAACUAGGGAAGCUGUAGAAAAGAUGAAGAAAGCUGGAACCAGGCUCGUGUUCGUGGGUAUCGGAUACGAUAUUUCCUACGAGCUUUUGGAAACUCUAACCCACAGGCCAGGGGACAUAAUUUUGUUGAAUAGUGUCAAGGACAAUGCCUGGUUUCCACAGAAAUUCUUAGCUAGCAAUCUCUGUACAGUAUCUAAAAAGAAAAAGAAGUCUUAAAGGUCGAGAUGGAUGUUCUUCUUUGAAAGAAACAUUUACAUCGGAAAUUACUUUGUAUUUGAAAAUAUUUAGAACAAUAUGUCAUCACCGCUUAAUAAAAAUAAGUGCAAAACUG